AUGGUCUGUAAAAUUGAUGAAAGAGACCAAAAAGUUCCUACAUUUAAAUCAAUUGCAACAACUGGUUUUAAAACUCAAAAUCGUGAAGUUAACCCAAACAAAUGUUAUAAUAAUAGCGAUGCGGUGGAUCUUCAUAAAUUAAAUAAUUCAAUUUUAAAGAAAUUAUGUUUAAGUUUAGGUGUUUCAAGAUCAAGUAGUAAUAAGAGAAUGGUUAUGUCAAUUUGUGGUAUAGAUCCAUUAUCUUAUUCAACCAACCCCAAUUUAUACUCAUUAUUAUCAGAAGCAAUUCAAAAAGAUACUUUAAAAUCAUAUUCAUUGGUUAAACUCAAAAACUUGAAUCAAAAUUUUAAUAUUCAGCUCCUGCUCAACCAACAUGUGAAGGUUACAUUUUAG